ACACCUAAUUCCUCAUGAAGGCGGCAAAGACGAUGGUGCGGUGCCGCGACGGUUGCGGGGAUUAUGGGAUCCAGGAGCUAGAGUAUAUAUGUGUGGACUGCGACACGAGGAGGCGACUGCAUCAAGUCAAACCUGCAACAGUUGUUUCAGAACCGCUUCCCUGUAAACCCAUCCCUCGUCCCAGUGGCAAAGACGCGUGGCAUGCCUUCCAAGCACUGGGACGAGAACAAGACGCAGCGGUCGUGCGAGCAGAGGUGGCGACGUUCGAAGAAACCUUUGCGAAUGCUCGGCAGAUUUCGACCGCGUUGAAGCAUUACAUGCUCGCGACCAAUAGCCAGGAAGAAGUCGACAACUCCGUGUGGAUACAGCACUCCCAAGGCAAAAAAAAAGGCUUGGCAUAGCAAUUUUAGGAAAUAUUACGCGGAAAUGCUAAUGAAGGUGAACUCGCUACUACUGGGAAAUGACGAGCGAAGCUGUCGUAACUGUUAACCAAUGGCCUUCGGAUUAACAGCAAGCGGAGAU